GACUGACUUUUGCUCAUUGCAGACAAACCCUUCAGACCUUCAGCUAGCCAUGUGAUGAAUUCAAGGAUCUCGCUCAGUGGCACAACAGCAACUGGAGAGCUGUGUUUUGAGCAGGUUCACUCCACACCUGGAAAGAUGGUGUCCCAGUCCACAGGCCAGCGAGACUCUCCUGUGGACCCCUGUGAAGGGACCAGCCAUGCCUCUGAGGACACUGAUGGCUUGCCCAGCCUCCUGGACACUGACCACCCCCCUUGCCAAUUAGACGUGAGGCUCAGGAGGCACAAAGCUUCUUGGAUCAACCCACUGUGUGCACAGGAGGAGCCACCACAAGACUUAGGCCUUCAGGGAGCAACAGUGCAGAACAGUAGGAAACUCUUGGUGGUGGACACUCCUUCUCCCGUGGGCCUUUCGCUAUUGUCCCAUGGGGACUCUCUGGCUUUGACACCAAUGUCUGAGAAUACUGCUGAUGCCACCUGCUGCAACUUUGCUCAUGGCUCCAGGGAGAAGAAGAAUGAUGAUGUCUCCAUGGCUAUAGACGAGCAAGAGGUUCAUCCUCAGCAAGAAUCUCUGCUCAAAACCCUCAAGACUCUGGCCACUUCCCCAUCCCCUAAAGAGGACAGUGCCCGUUUUGAGUCUCUUCAUUUGACAGCUUCUGCAGAUGACGGUGCUACUCGGAUCAGUGGCAGAAGCCAUUCAUGGAAUUUCUUCCCACCAGAGACAUUCAUGCUGCCCAUUGAUGUGGAAAAGGAAAAUGUCCACUUUUAUGCUGCAGACAUGAUUAUCUCAGCAAUGGAGAACAUGAAAUGUGACUUCCUGAGUCAGCAGCAGCCAGAUUGCUGCUGGAGCACAGAAGAAGCCAGCAGGUCACGUGGGAAUGAUCGCACUGACGCUGAAGUGACCUUUUAUACCCUAGCAAAGCAGGAGCCUGGAUCCUCUGCUCUGUCAGACAAUGGCUAUGAAGGUUGUGCUGUACUCCAGGUCAGCCCAGUGUCUGACAUACUUUCUUACUCUGCUGUGGCGAGAGAGGCCUGCAAACAUGACUUGAAUGACUUGAAUGAAUUGGCUAUGUUAGAACUUGAGGAGUCUAGUGACAACAUGGAAGGCUGCAGAUGCUCAUUCAAUUCUUUAAAGAGGGUAACUUGCGAGUCAGACUUCAGUCCUGCUGGGCUGCUAGCCAGAGAGCUGCUCCGCAGGUUCUGGAAGUGCCAGAGGCCGUCAGAAGUCAAUUACCAUCAUCAUCGUUGGUUGCCAGGCUCCAUGGCAAUGGCUAGCUCAGGAGCUGAGGACGAAGAGCAUGCUGGGGAAGACUUUGACUCCAGUGUAGAUGCAACACAGGAAAUCAUGCUUAAGUCUACGGUCCAAGGGACUGAAGACUGGGGGCUCCCUCGGUGUCAAAUCAUACUCACUGUUCAUCCGCCAGUCAAGAGAGACAUAGCGGUAGUGGCCCAGAAUUUCUUCUGUGCUGGAUGUGGGACUCCAAUACAGCCCAAGUUUGUGAAGCAGCUCCGGUACUGUGAGUACCUGGGGAAGUACUUCUGUGACAGCUGCCACUCAUCUGCAGAGUCCUGCAUCCCUGCGCGGAUCCUGAGGAUGUGGGACUUCAGGAAGUACCAAGUCAGCAAUUUCUCUAAAUGGCUACUGGACAGCAUAUGGCACCAGCCUGUCUUCGACCUGUUAGGUGGGAAUCACAGCCUCUAUGCAAAAGCCAAGGAACUGGAUAGGGUGAAGGACAUGCAGGAGCAACUUUUUCACAUCAAGAAACUGUUGAAGACUUGCAGGUUUGCUGACAGCACGCUGAAGGAGUUUGAGCAGGUUCCCAGCCACUUGACUGACAAGUGCCACCUGUUCUCCAUGGAGGACCUCCUCAGGAUCAAGAAAGGACUGCUGGCACCCUUGUUCAAGGACAUCCUGAAAGCUUCCCUUGCCCACGUGGACAGCUGUGAGCUGUGCCAGGGGAAGGGCUUCAUUUGUGAGUUUUGCCAGAGCACGACUGUCAUCUUCCCGUUUCAGACCAUGACCUGUAGAAGAUGUUCAGGGUGCAGGGCUUGCUUUCACAAACAGUGUUUCCAGUCUUCGAGAUGCCCCCGCUGUGCCAGGAUCACAGCUCGGAGACAACAUUUAGAGAGCCCGCCCUCUGCAGACACAUAAUGGUCUAGAAAGUUGUUGCAAAUGAUAACACCAAAUUGUGUCUGUUCCUGGUAACAUGGCCUCAGAUAACAGAUAUUUUAUAGUAAGAGAAAGAUGACCAAAUUUCCCCUCUUGUAUGUAUUUAAUGCUUUCAAGGAGUAUGGAAAUUUUGUUAUGAGGUAUAAAGUUGUUGAUAAGGGUUUGUUUACAAAUGUUUGACAUUUCUUUGCUG